GGGCUGGAGUUGUCGCUGGUGAGCCAAGCCAUACACAGAGCAAUCUCCUCCCCUUCUCUGCCGCUCUAUAUUAACUCCUCAUGGGGCUGCGCCACUGAAACAGCUGUACCGUAUGUAGCACAACGCCGCUAACUCCGCUCACCCACGGCUCCCUUAUCUGGCUGCUCUGCGCCCUGCUCUUUGGUGGAGUACCAAGCAAAGAUCUUCAUCUCUUCUUCUUCUUCUGCACAAAUUGAUGGAUUAUUAAACACCAUGCUGUCCCAGAAGCCCUUUGAGGAUUCCAGCCAUGGUUACCCCGAUAUAAAAUGGAGGAUAGCUUUGAUUGCGACUGUGGCGAGCUUGAGCCACCCGAUCACUGAGGGGCGGAACACUGUGUAAGGUCAGCCAACAGACUCUAGAUCUUUCAUCAGAUGGUCAAAACAGGAGGGGGAAAAAAGUGAAAUAAUAAACUAGUGCUGAUUGACACAGUAGAAUGAUGCUGCUCAGGACCAGUCAUACACUGAAUGUAUCUUCACUGUGAGGAUGGUAUUAGAUCCGUUUAUACUUUCUCUUCAGUUCAGAGCUUUUUAGUCAGCCUCAAAAUUCAUUCCAGUAUCGUGUUUCAAAACCCUAGUGUAAAAGGAAAAAAUAUAUAUAUAUAUAUAUAUUUGAAAAGGAAUCCAAAAAGAAAUCCUGUGCAAACUUUGAGAACAAUGAGAAAAUAUUCUGGCUUCAUAUCAAACAGCAUUGUCAGGUUUUCCCUGGGAAGAGAGUGAGGGCCAGGCAGGGCAGAACACCGCAGGUCUCUGUGGCAGGCUCUAUAGGAUAAGCCCCAGAAGAGGAAGCCUUUUAAAAAGCGUUCAUUCAGAUUAUCAGAUACUGUUGGGGGGGGAAAUACAGUCCUAGUCCCUAGUCAGCUUUGGCUGCAUAGAAGUUAAAAACCACAACCCGGGAGCGAAAAAGAGUCCGCUCUGUCAAGGAAUAUGGCAGAGAAGUUCGAAAGCCUCAUGAACAUUCACGGCUUCGACCUGGGCCCCCGUUACAUGGACCUGAAGCCCCUGGGCUAUGGCGGCAGCGGCCUGGUCUUCUCCGCCGUGGACAAUGACUGUGACAAGCGGGUAGCGGUGAAGAAGAUCAUCCUCACCGACCCGCAGAGCGUCAAGCAUGCCCUCCGGGAGAUCAAGAUCAUCCGCCGCCUGGACCACGACAACAUUGUCAAGGUGUUCGAGACGCUGGGCCCCAGCGGCCGGCAGCUGACCGAGGACGUGACGUCACUGACGGAGGUCAACUCGGUCUACAUCGUGCAGGAGUACAUGGAGACGGACCUCUGCAAACUGCUGGAGCAGGGGCCCCUCUCGGAGGGCCAUGCCCGGCUCUUCAUGUACCAGCUGCUGCGCGGCCUCAAGUACAUCCACUCCGCCAACGUCCUGCACAGGGACCUCAAGCCGGCCAACCUCUUUGUCAACACGGAGGACCUGGUGCUGAAGAUCGGGGACUUUGGCCUGGCGCGCAUCAUGGACCCCCAUUAUUCACAUAAGGGUCAUCUUUCAGAGGGGCUGGUCACAAAGUGGUACAGGUCUCCUCGCCUCCUGCUCUCUCCCAACAACUACACCAAAGCCAUUGACAUGUGGGCAGCUGGCUGCAUCUUUGCCGAGAUGCUGACAGGGAAAACCCUUUUUGCAGGCGCCCACGAGCUGGAGCAGAUGCAGCUGAUCCUGGAGUCCAUUCCGGUGAUCCACGAGGAGGACCGGCAGGAGCUGCAGAGCGUCAUCCCCGUCUUCAUCAAGAGCGACAUGUCUGAGCCGCAGACGCCGCUGGCCAAGCUGCUGCCGGGGGUCAGCAUUGAAGCCCUCGAUUUCCUGGAGAAAAUCCUGACAUUCAACCCCAUGGACCGCCUGACUGCGGAAGAGGCCUUAGCCCACCCCUACAUGAGCGACUACUCCUUCCCGCUGGACGAGCCCAUCUCGAGCCACCCCUUCCACAUCGAGGAUGAGGUGGACGACAUCCUGCUGAUGGACGAGAGCCACAGCCAUGUGUACAACUGGGACAGAUAUCACGAAAGCCAGUUCUCAGACCAAGACUGGCAGCUCCACAGCAUCCACGAGGCGGAUGAGGUCCAGCGGGACCCCCGAGCCGUGUCGGACGUCACCGAUGAGGAAGAGGUGCAGGUGGACCCUCGCAAGUACCUGGACGGGGACCGCGAGAAGCUGUUGGACGACCCGGCCUUCGACUCGCUCUUCCCCUCCGAGCACUCGUGGCAGCACGAGAGCCACCAUGAGAACAAGUACUGUGACCUUGAGUGCAACCACACCUGCAACUUCAAGGUCGUCUCACCCUCGUACCUGGACAACCUGGUCUGGCGGGACUGCGAGGUCAACCACUACUACGAGCCCAAGCUCAUUAUCAACCUGUCCAACUGGAAGGAGCAGAGCAAGGAGAAGGCGGACAAGAAGGGCAAGUCCAAGUGCGAGAAGAACGGCCUGGUCAAGGCCCAGAUCGCCUUGGAGGAGGCCGCCCAGGACCCGGCCGAGAAGGACAAGGAGCAGGAGAAACACCAGGGCUUCGACUUUGACUCCUUCAUCGCCAGCACCAUCAAGCUGAGCCUGCAGCCGGAGCCUUGCGAGGUGGGCCUGCUCAACGAGCUCAACAGCUCCGUCUCCCAGCUGGAGCCCAAGAGCUCCAUGUCCAAGUCGGUGAGCCAGGAGAAGGAGGAGAAGUGCAUGGUGAACCUGGCCCAGCUGGAGGGCCGGGCGCCCAACCCCUGGGAGAGCUUCGUCAGCACGCCGGUCCCGGGAGAGGAGAGCUGCCUGAUCGACGAGGUGUGCUGGGACGUGAGGAAGGACGAGCAGCUGCAGAAGGAGACCGCCUACACCAGUUACCUGGACCGGCUGUUCAGCAAGAGAGAGGAGGCGCCAGAGCCAGUCAACGAGAUGGAGGAGACCUUCCUGGCCAGAAACGGCGAGCUCAUGUUUAAUAUGCAGUUAGAGUCCCUGGCCCUCCCUGGAUUCGACAGCUCUGCUGAUUUGCCUUUGAAGUCCAUACAGGCUACGUUAACGCCCUCAGCCGUCAAAUGUUCUCCCCAAAUUGCCCACAAAACGUACAGCAGCAUUUUUAAGCAUCUAAAUUAAAUCCACACUGCAAGAUUUUUUAUAUAGUAGUAUUGACAUUAUUUUACUUGAAUUUUUUUUAAUGUAUGGUUACUUCAAGAAACAUUUUUUUUUUUGGUUUGUUUUUUUUUUUUCUUUUUUUUGUAAAAGGGUGAGUUCAUAAGUUAAUAGGGUGACCUCAUAAAUGUGCAGCCUUAUUCGGCCUAUAGGAAUUUGUGAGCACACCCUGAUUGAAAACUGUCAUGUCAUUUGCACACAGUGUACUGUAGACUAACAAAUAUUGGGAAAAGAGAGAUGAGAAUGGAGGGAUGGUGAAUGAAGGAGAGGGUUAGAGAGGACAGGUAGAGAGAGAAAUGGUAAGGAAAAUGCACUAAAAGAAAGUGGGAAACUCACUGACACCGGUAGACUGGGGAAAAUGGGGUGGGUUUGGGUUGGGGGGGGGGAAGUAAUUUUUUUUUAUUUUAAUUUAUUUUUUUAGGAUUCACAUUUUUAGUCCUUAAUUUUUUUUAUUAAGUCUGAAGUCUACCAUAUUAGUGUAUUUUUCCAAAAAGGCAUCCUUAAAAAUCUUUCAUACUGUAACAUUUAUGACACAUGAUGCCAGCAGUAACCAUUAUAUGUAGAAACUUUGUAAACGUGUUAUCUACCUCAAGGUAACAGCCGUGAGUGAGCCAUUUUAGUGCUUUACAGACACGUUCAACCUGAUACCAUUCAGUACGCAGUGACUUCUGUCGUUUUCAUCCAUUAAAAAAUUUCGCAUUCACCAUAGUUAAGUGUUAAGAUCAUCAUUAUUUAUUUGGUAGCAGUUGUGAGGUAUUUAUUUUGAGAAGUUGUAAUUUUGAUGUGACUGUUUGGAAACCAAGGCAUUUGAUUUCCACUCUCAUAUGUUUUGGCAAUAUAUGUGCGUUAAUUUUUUGAUGGUAGGACGCUAAUCGUUCACUUGAAUUGAGGCUUUCCAUUUUCCCUCAUUUGUUUCCUUAAGGAAAUGGCUCACUGUUUAUUUUAUUACCUUUUUGUUUUAUAGGCGUUUAUUUCUUAAUGUGAGAAAAUUCUUUAUGGAAUUGAAAAUGCGCCUACAAGUCUUAAGUCUUUUUUUAAUAUAAAAUGUACUGUUAGAAUCGUGUGCAUGGAAGAAACUAAUGAAUGGUACAAUAAAACUAGAAGUUAAAGGUGAAGUAUUCUGUAUGUCAUUAAGUUCAUUUUAAUUGUAUGUUUUUAUUACAGUUUAUAUAUAUAUAUAAAUAUAUAUACUUUUUUCAAACAAGCAUGAUAAAAUUAGGUUAAGUGUAGCAUGUAGACAAUUUAAGGAAAUUUGUUUUGCCUUUAAAUACUGGUACUUUAUUUUCUUUAUCAUUGGUUCCCCUGUAUUAAAAGAUCAAACUAAUAAAAA